AUGUCGUGGGACCUUUGUAUGAUGCGACCGUUGCGCCCUCCUUUUCUGGAGGUCGUCGUCGUCCUGAGGGUAGAUAAAGAAAAGGGUUAUAUUGAUCUAUCAAAACGUCGCGUUUCGCCAGAGGAUAUCACAAAAUGCGAAGAACGGUACAUGAAAUCAAAGACAGUCGCCUCGAUCAUGCGGCACGUUGCCUUAAAAACGAUUCAUGCCGCCCCCAACACCGCUACUCCUGCUAUCGAUGCCGCUGAAGCGCACGCCGAAAUAGACGCCGAAGGCGACAAAAAAGAAUCCAAAAGAUCCUGCAAGGGCAAGUCCUCUGGCGAUGGCGAAGAUGGCGAAGAAGACGCCCCCUCGGGUGCAGCUACUGGCGGCUACAAGGGCAGCCCGAACGAGGAAGACAAGCUCGAGAGACUAUAUGAACAGAUCGCCUGGCCCCUUGGUCGGAAAUACGGACAUCCAUACGAUGCGUUCAAAUUAAUGUUAACAGAAUAG